AUGACCGGUGCUCCUGCGCGCGAGGGAGACAUCAAACGCCUCUUGGAUGCGCUACAAAGUCUGGCAGAUGACCAUUCGAGGGAUAGCCAGGUUGGAGAUGAAAGUCACGGGCAAGAUCACACAGAUUCUUCUUUUCCUGCGGCGAAGCGCAGAAAAGUCUCCGCUCCGCUGUUCCCUCCGAAUUCGAUUCCUCCUCCUUCGCUGAAAUUCCCGAUUCCGCGCGUGUCGGCGCCUUCUUUCGACGCGAUGGAAGAUCAUAUUCGCACGGCCAGGACACCGCUGGUUAUCACGGACGCGGUGGACCACUGGCCCGCGCUGUCGACGCGGCCUUGGUCGUCCAGGGACUAUUGGUACCAUCGCACUUUUGGCGGGCGGCGACUGGUUCCGGUUGAGGUUGGACGAUCGUACACCGACGAGGACUGGGGCCAGCGCAUCAUGGAGUUUGGGAAGUUUGUCGACAGGUACAUUUGGGGUGGUGAGGAGAGCGCACGGGAUGAAGACGACAGCGGCGAAGACCAUGCCGGACAGACGGGGUACAUGGCACAGCAUGAUCUGCUGGCCCAGAUUCCCGAGUUGCGGAAAGAUAUAUGUGUUCCGGAUUACUGCUGGAUUGAUCCUCCCGGGCCGGAGCCGGGCACGCCCGUGUACGUCAAGAAAUGCCGUGAGCGGGAGGAGAGAGCACAGCAGAUAAACCUGCCCGAGUCCACUGCACGACCUCCGCACCACCCGGAUAACAUCUCGGAGAAUGGAUCGCACUCGUCGACGUUGGGACUGGGUACGGCCAGUGAGCCUAUCAUCAAUACCUGGAUUGGUCCUUCGUGGACGAUUUCCCCUCUCCACCAUGAUCCUUAUCAUAACAUCUUGGUUCAAGUGGUCGGUGCCAAGUGGACAUUGCGGCCAUAG